UUCAAAGUACGAUGCAGAUGCAGUCUCUAAAGAAACUUGGUCUGGCACUGACCUUGCUGCUUCUGCUUCUGGCCAUAAGUGCAGUGGAAUCAAAAAGAUGGAGAAAAUAUCACAAAAUAAACAUGCGAAGGCGAAAAGGACACAACGCUCUUGGUACAUUAAAGCUCAACAAUACAAGUGUGCAAGGAAAUGUAAAUAAUUUAAUGAUUUCGGAAUCAAAGGAAACAGUCUCGGCAGCUUUACCCACAGCGAAUCUAUCAAAUUUCUACAAUAACGUGUACACUGUGGCAUUGGAUUUUGGAUCUAAUGGUCAGCCUUUGACAGUUCUUGUUGAUACAGGAUCUGCUAACCUGGCAGUCACAAGUUCCCAAUGCAAACAGCAAAUAUGCUUGCAAAGAAAUAGUUAUAAUUCUGGAAAAUCCAAGACAUAUAAACAAAAUGGAACAGCAAUUCAAAUUGAUUAUGUAGAUGGCACCCUCAAAGGCUUUGUCUCCCGGGACACGGUCGAGUUAGAUGGUUUGAAAGUAAAGAAUCAGGACUUUGCUGAGGUCACAUCAUUGCCAAACGCAUUUUCCAGACUAAAUGGAAUUGAUGGAAUUUGGGGUUUGGGCUUCAUUGAUAUAGCCAUCGAUGGCGCCGUGCCACUUUUCUAUAAUCUAAUAUCUCAGAAACUGAUUGAUAUACCAAUAUUCUCUGUUUACCUUAAUCGCAACGCUUCGGAUCCCAACAACGGUGGACAAUUGCUGUUGGGUGGAUCAGACCCUAUUCUCUACAAGGGAUGCCUCACUUAUGUUCCCAUCUUAAACACUGGCUAUUGGCAGAUCCCUGUGGCCAGAUUUACCUUAGGAACAACUAUACUAUUCUCCAAAUUCGAUGCCAUUGUGGACAUAGGAACCUCUCUGAUCUGUGUUCCUUCGAAUGCUAUUGGUAUUAUUAACCAGAAAUUGCAAAUCAAAGAGUUUGCUGCAAAAGAUGGCGUCUACAUAGUGCCCUGCAAUAAGGUAUCCAGCUUAUCGGAUAUCACUGUUAAUAUUGGAAGAAAGGAUUUCACUUUGAAGCCAUCUGAUUAUAUCCUCAACUACAAUGGCACUUGUGUCUCUGCCUUUACAAACUGCAAUGGUUUGCAGGGACUGAGCAAUCUCUGGGUCUUUGGAGAUGCAUUUAUAGCACCCUUUUACUUGGAGUUUGAUUUUGAAUACAAGCGCAUAGGAAUUGCACCAAAGUUAUAAAGAAAAGGAAUGAAUAUAUAUAGAAUAAGUAAACA